AUGCUGGUGUAUGUGGUGUCGCCACUGGCUGUAGAUGAUAAUCGUGUUGGUCCAUUGUAUAAACACAUCUUUCCUCCACCAUUAGCACCGUGGCUCUCCUUCGUCGGGAUACCAUGUAAGGUUAUACCGUUUCCUAUGUUUGAGCUGCAAAGCAAGUGGAUUGCGGGUGUUUUGUCGGGUCGGAUCAUGCUUCCUUCAGAAGAAAUCAAGAAACUGUAUGCAACACUUGAAGGGGAAGGGAUUCCUAAGCGACAUACUCACUCUUUGGGCAGCAACCAUUUUGAGUACAAUGAUUGGUUAGCUUUACAAUAUGGGUGCUCAGGAACAGAGGAGUGGAGGAAAGAGAUGUUUUUGAUGAGUUUCAUGAGGAAGAUGGAGAAUCCGGAGACGUAUGGAGAUGGAUGGGAAGAUCAUCAUCACUUGGUUGCUCUAUUUGAUUCCAAUUUCAAGAUCCCAGAAAUCGUGUACAACUCGUCAACCUGA